AUGCAUCAGUCAUUAGACAACAUUCGAUAUGGACAAUUCGAAAUAUACCGCAUACCAAGUUUUCUACAGGUAGAUUUUGAAUGGGCAGUAAAAUUGAACCGUAUUACUUUAAAUUUGAUUGGACUUUGGCCCAAAACCGCACAAAAUUCUCGAGAGAAGUUAAUGUGCAAUUUUCGUGUGUUUGUCACUUUUGUGGGGAUAACUUGCGGCCUUUUGAUUCCUUCUGUUCACUCCUUUAUAAGAAUUUAUGGGGACGUUUUACUAAUGAUAGAUAAUUUAUUAUUUACUUUACCAGCUAUAAGUUGCUCGAUAAGAAUUAUGAUAUUUUGGUGGAAAAAAGAAGCUAUCAUACCAAUCGUAGAUAUGGUUGCGGAGGAUUGGGUAAAAGCGAAAAGUACGGAAGAGAGAGAUGUAAUGAUUAAAAAGGCGCAGAUUGCACGCAUAAUUCUUAUGUGCGUAUAUUGCAUCACAACUGCAGGAUGCUUGCUUGUCGUCACUCUUCCUGGAUUUGGAAUGUCGAUCAGAUUAACGACCAAUAUUACUGAUCCAGGCAGGAUAAUGCCUUUACAAACCCAUUACAUUUACGAUAUAACAAAACGGCCGCAGUACGAAUUGACAUAUAUAAGUCAAAUUAUUUACAUAUUUUUAGCAGUUUUGUCUUAUCUUGGAAUUGACCAUUUUCUUGGAUUACUGGUUUUUCAUAUAUCAGGCCAAUUAAACAUUCUCAAGGAUCAUUUGAUACAUUUAGAUAAAUACAUCAAUUCUCACGAAGUGUUAAAGAAGUGCGUGGCACAGCAUAUUCGUUUACUUAGAGCCAUUGUCAUUAUUGAAGAUACGUAUAGCAUAACACUCCUCUCAUUAUUCACGUACUUCGCAAUACUCUUCUCUUUCUAUGGUUUCCGAAUAAUUAAUCUAUUUGACGAAGGAAAUGCUUUAUCACUCACUCAAUUGGUAUUUCUUCUAAUUACAAUUUUCAAUUUAUUUCUACAUAUUUGUUUAUAUUGUGCUCUUGGCGAGUUUUUAGUGGCCCAAUGUGAGGAAAUAUAUAGUGCAGCUUACACUAAUAAAUGGUACUCUAUGGAUCCAAGAACUGUGCAAGAUUUAUUAUUUUUGCUUAUAAGAGGAUCUAAACCAAUUUAUCUCACUGCUGGAAAAAUGUUCCCCAUGACAAUGACUACAUUUUGCAGUUUAAUAAAAACAUCAGUUGGAUAUAUAUCCGUUUUGCAUACAACGAGAAGUCAUUAAAAUGGGAGAUGAAUUUAACUUUUUUUGGUAGUACGUUACUUAUUUUUGUAAAAUACAAUCUAGGAAUUACUUAAAUAUUAAAAUGUUAUUGCAAAUAAAUUAUAAAUUUUAUUGCA